GCGGAGAGGUGUGCUGGCGCUGUAUGACAGAGUUUAUAAACUAACCUGACAGGAGAAUGAGGCAUGGUAAGGAACUGCCAAAUAUGAAGAACAAUAAGUGCUGGCCACACCGGUAACACAAAACCCGAAAACGUGAACGAGGGAAUACAUUUGUUUAUGAGGCUAGGAAUACAUGUAUUGUUGCUGUGGAGAUGUAUUCAGUUUAAUUGAUUGAUGAGAACUCUAUUACUCGGCAAUCCACCACAUUGGUCCCGUUGUCCUCAAAGACUAACGAGACCAUUGACCAAUCAAUGCCUGGAUUCUGAGACAGACGCCCGGCUGUUCGAGAACGGUGACCAAUCGCAGUCCUUGUAGGCGGGAUCUAUAUAAACCGGAAGCACAUGGGGAGAAGGUGCGGAUCACGUCCUUCUCUGCAGUCGUUUCUGGUGUGGGAACUGCACAUAGCAAAUGUUCAGUGAAGACUAUCAUACCAACAGAGGGCCAGAACUGAAAUGAAUAGCUCUGCUGUAAAUUUAUGAAAAUUAUACACUUUGAGAGUGCAAAACAUUUCAUAAUGUCAACUUAACAGAAACUUACCUUCUGGAGAAUCCAGACUGAAUCAGGAGGAAUUUGCAAAACAUGAUUUGGCCUAAAUUUUUGCAGCUUCGGUACAUCCCCUUGCAAUGCCAUUCUUUUCUGCAUUCAGCAAGUCAUGUCCAGUUGAAACACUUCAAUAUUCUUGCGAGGAUCAGUCCUGUGAGAACCUUGUCCCGUGAAAGGAACCUGCUGUCUGCACCCUGCAGGUCCAUCACAGUCAACGGCUCGGAGAAUGGCGUGCAGGACCAUGCUGCGCCCGGGCAGAAAGCGCUGCUCGCCUCCGCAGAGGAUAAAGAUGACUUGGAAGGCUUUGGAGCACAAGGAAAGUUCUAUUCUGCCAGGAGAAUUUUCCGUAAAACCUCUUCACAGAUGCAGGAUUCCAAAUACAAUGAUACUGAGGAUCAGGAUGAGGAAGUUGAAACUCCUAAAGUGAGGCGGAAGCUGGGUCGAAGGAAUACUACCUACUGGUACUUCCUACAAUGUAAAAAACUCAUCAAGGAAGAUAAGUUAGCCGAGGCCCUGGACCUGUUUGAGACUCGGAUGAUGAAGGAAGAGCAGCUCUUUCCGGAAGAAUACAAUUACACAGUGUUGAUAGGGGGAUGUGGAAGAGCAGGUUAUUUGAAGAAAGCCUUUAAUCUCUAUAACGACAUGAAGAAGAGAGGACUGACUCCCUCUGUCGCAACCUACACUGCUCUAUUCAAUGCUUGUGCAGAAUCCCCAUGGAAAGACACGGGCCUUCAGUUUGCCGCGAAGCUUCGCGAAGAAUUAAGGAGCAAGAAUAUCCGCAUGAACCUUAUCGGUUACCACGCCAUGCUGAAGGCAUAUGCUAUCUGCUCCGAUAUGAGGGCUUGUUUUAAUGUGGUCAGGGAAAUAGUUGACAGUGGUUUUGAGCUUAAUGUAGAAAUGUUCAGCACUUUAAUGAUGGCCAGCAUUAUGGACACUGACAAUGGCUUUAGAUAUUCAUUACAGGUUUGGCGGGAGAUGUUAAAACUGGGCAUUCAGCCUGAUGCCAAGAGCUACAACCUGCUACUGCGGGCUGCUAGGGACUGUGGUAUCGGGAAUCCUACAGUGGCGUCUCACGCUCUGUUGAGUGACGAGAAUGUGAGGAGGCAACUAAAGCAGUUCAGAAGAGUUCAGAAGCUGAGAGGUCAGAAAGUGACAAGAAACAGUAAACACACAGCCACUUUGUCAGUUGAUACAUUGGAAGAGCAGUUGCUUAGCCUGUCUGCUAAUGAGCAUAAGGGCAAUUCGUUUACUACCUGCAGAGCCUCUGAACCCGAGGAUGAGCACAGCAAUGUAACUUUAUCAGGACUGAUUGAAGCACCAAACCUGCCAUUCGAAAGUAGCCAAGGAAAAGAACUUGUUCCCAGGAAUGAAAGUCAUAUAAUUGACUCAGACUCCAAAGGACUUCCCCAAAAUAAUCUACCUAAUCUGCUCCACAUCCAGGUCAACAAGAAGAAUAUAAUUUCUCUGGGAAGUGCAACCACACCGCACGACAGACUAGCACUGAUCGGAUAUCUGGAUGGCUUUCUAAGUAAAAUGAGGGAAGAUAAUGUGCCUCCAGAUAUUAAGACAUUCACACUCUUGGCUGAUAUAGUGGAACCAAACAGCCAGUCCGAGUCAUCCUUGCUGUCCCUCAUGGAUGAGCAUGGUGUGAAGCCAGACAUUUCAUUCUUUAACACCCUCAUCAGGAAAAAGAGCAGACAGGGUGAUCUAAAAGGUGCAAAGGCUUUACUGUCAAUUGUAGUUGAGCGAGGCCUCUCACCAACCAUGCAUACUUUCUGCAACCUGGCAAUAGCCUGCAGGAAAAGCCAUGACGGACUGAAGCUCCUCCAGGACAUGAAGCUCUCUGGAAUAAUCCCCAAUGUCAAUGUCUACAGCACCCUGAUCAACAAUGCAGCAAAGCGAUUAGAUUAUGUGUUUCUCACCAAGAUCCUGCAAGACAUGGCGAGAAAUCAAGUACCCCCCAAUGAGGUUGUCCUUAAGCAGUUGGAAUUUGUUGUUAAGUACCCUCCAAACUUUGACAAGUACAAGUCAAGGAACAUCUAUCUGGAAAAAAUUGAUGGGUUUCGAGGGUUUUACUAUCGUUGGUUAAACUUUAUGCCAGCAGUGGAAACACCACAUCCUUGGGAAAAGUACAGAAUUAAGAGUGAUGUUGCUGGAGAAGAACAACCACACUCAUAAUCCUUGAAGCUGAAGAACACAACGGGAUCAGUUCCGAAACGCAACACUGCAGUGUCAAUUUUCAGCCCUUCAUCUCCUCAAUGUAUUCACUCACUGCUGUUUCUGUCCAUACCAGUCCUGGACAAAUGAAAGUCAAUGCUGUAAAUCUGUCCUAAUAAAUUAACAAUUUAUUAUGUUUGUCUGAGAGAAUAAAGACAUUUAAAUGCAUAAGGGAUACAGAGUUUCAAGUCUGUGGCGAAAAAAAAAUUACCUUUAAACUCUUAAGAAUCAGCAGUGAAAACCAUGGCUACUUAACACAAAUUAUGGAAAGCUUCAAACCUCGAAAAGAA